CGCUCCUCCUUCCCUCCCCGCCGCACCGGCGAGGCUGCGGGGCCGGCGGGGAAGGCGGCGCUGCCUGCGGGGAGGAAGCCGGAUGAAGCCCCUCGGGCAUGCAGCGAGCCGCGGGGACCCUGCCCAGGAGCCCAGCGGCGGCAUCAGGAAGACAGCUGCCUUCAGAUGAUACAGAAUUCACUGACAGUUGCUCUUGCUCCAAUCCUGCUUCAUGAGAACUUCAGAAGAUACUAACUGAGGCACUGCUGAGGUGCACUCAGGAAGUACUAUCAGCUAAAAUUAUAAAUCAGAUGGUACGUGAACAAUACACUACAACAACACCAGGCACUAGCCUAGAGAGGCCAAAGAAUGAGUACGUCUACAAAAUUGGAAUUUAUGGAUGGAGAAAGCGUUGCCUCUACCUGUUUGUUCUUCUACUGCUAAUCAUCCUAGUUGUGAAUUUUUCUUUGACAAUUUGGAUUCUUAAAGUGAUGUGGUUUUCUCCAACUGGAAUGGGACAUCUACGUGUUACAAAAGAAGGCCUUCGUCUAGAAGGGGAAUCAGAAUUCUUAUUCCCUCUUUAUGCCAAAGAAAUACAUUCUAGAGUGGACUCAUCACUGCUUCUCCAGUCUACUCACAAUGUGACUGUGAAUGCUCGCAAUUCAAAUGGAGAAGUUACAGGCAGAUUAAACGUGGGUCCUAAAAUGGUAGAAUUUCAUGGUCAGCAAUUUCAGAUCAACUCAAAGGAUGGCAAGCCACUUUUUACAGUGGAUGAAAAUGAGGUUGUAAUUGGCACAGAUAAACUUCGAGUCACAGGUCCUGAAGGAGCACUUUUUGAACACUCUGUAGAAACACCACUUGUGAAGGCAGAGGCUUUUAAACAGCUUAGGUUGGAAUCACCAACACGAUCUUUGAGCAUGGAUGCACCAAGAGGCAUUAAUAUCAAAGCACAAGCAGGGAAUAUUGAGGCUCUUUCCCAGAUGGAUAUCAAACUACAAAGCAGCGAUGGUGUGCUUUUGCUCGAUGCAGAAACGGUGCGACUGCCUAAGCUGCCUGAGGGUACAAGAGGUGGAUCUGGUAUUUCUCAGGGGCUGUAUGAAAUCUGUGUUUGCCCGGAUGGCAAGCUUUAUUUGUCAGUGGCCGGCGUGGGCUCCACGUGCCAAGAAUACAGCCGUGUCUGCCAGUGAAGCACUAGAAAAUGCGGCACGCCCUCGCUAUUCUCAGUUUUGUAGUAUUGCUAACAAGCAUUUACUGAAAGUGGAAUUUUCAGAAUUUUAAAAACAAAGUACUUCUGUUUAUGAAACAAAUCUGUAUCUACAACUCCGGACUACAGGGUGAAAGGGGAAGAAGAGCACAAAUGACAUUUCAACUUCAGAAGAAUGACCUGAGUCAGAUGAUAUGUUCUGGCAGUCACACUUUGAAAACAUCCUGACAGAGAGCGUAAGGAAAAAUAAAGGGAGUAUGUUUUCUUGCUGAACUAUUAUUCCGUCAGAUGAUUAUGUCAUUACUAAUAUUUCUGAGCUCCGUGUUUUUUUUCUCUCACUACAUGUAAAUACUUACUGCAUUAGUGGGUGAAAUUAAAUUGAGGGAACUACUUGAACUAUUUGAUAAGACAAUGCAUUAUUUGGAGAAUUAAGACAGUGCCAGCAAAUGGUCUAUGCAAUUUUGUUCUUGCAAUAACACAAAAUAGGAAAGAUGUGCUAUUUGUAUAAGUCCUGUGUAAAAGGUGUUAAUUUGCUAAUAGCUUUUUAUUUUAAUUUGGCAACAUACAUGCUGAUUUGCGUAUUUCCGAGAUUCACAUAAAAAUAAUUAAUACAAGAAGUUACAGGAGUUAUUUAUACCUUAUGUGUCUUCAAUACUGUUCACUAAAGAGAAGAGAAAUAUGUUUGUAUAUUUUAUAAUAGCAAUAGUUUGUUGUACUGCCUGUACCAUCACACUCAUUUAAACCCCUUUUUGAUUUUAGGACACACUAAUCCAACAAGGCAAUUUACUCUGCCAGCUCGACCACUAAAAACAAAAUAAUUCUUAAUGUGGCUCCAGAUUGUCUGCUACAAGGAACUGUCUGGGCGGUGGGGGAAAAAAAAAAAAUCAUUUCCAUCUGCAGCUGUUGACUGAUAUCUCUGAUCCUAUCAGAGUGGGACUCCAUCACAAAUGGAGGCAGUAAAAUUAUUCUUUAUUAUUUUUUAUGUUAGGACUUUGGAUACAAAGUAAAUUCUCACCAGAGCUGACAAACCAUUUAUUGACCUUGUAGAGAAACACAACCACAGACCCAUUCCCCUGUACAGUGUUGCACCGAAUGCAAAUAAAUUGUUUGCACACCUCUGGGUAGUAGGAUUUGUAUUAAAUAAUCUGUCAUUUAAACCUCAUCGUCUUUUUAACCCCAUUGAUGCUGUUUUAUAUACACUUGUUAUUAUCACCCAAGUAGGAGCUGCUAUCACAUUGUGCCUUGGGGUCUAUUUACAGAAGGAUUUUAAACCAUAAUCAUUAUUAGACCACAGAAUGCCUAUCCUUCACAGAAAAUAAUCUUCAUCCUUAAGGCAGGAGAAUCAGAACAAACGACGAAGAUUGUACCGUGUUUUUACACUUGGUACUUCAGCUUUGGUGGACAACUGAAGAAACCAACACUCAGUUAAGAUCCCAGAUAGCUACAGAAGCCUGAGUUGAAAAAGAGCCCCCAUUUAACAGUAUCUGUUCUUAUUGCAGCAAAGCCCUGGGUAGUCCCUGUCUCGAGGGCUGCCUUUGUAAUUUAUCCAAUGAUGCUAAUGUACAGCCCUGAAAUUACCCUUCAUUAGCAGGGUGGAGCUCUUAGCAAUUCCUGCAAAUUAGAAGAGAUUCAAUGGGAAAAGUAGGAAAAGUGUGAGAGUUGAGUUUUUGGGUCCUUUCAGGCAAAGGAGGCAAUUAAAUCCAGGUCUCCCUUAAUAUUUGGAGACUACUCUGACUGCUAACAUCAUGCCUAAGGGAGAAGUAGGAAGCCACACAUCCUCCAUGUCUAAAAUUCCUUAUUUCUGGCUUUAGACAUCUAUCUUCAGGAGUGAAUCCAGGGCUCUUGGCCCUAAAGAGGGGAAUGUAUCUCUACUACUGAAUAACGCAACUAAACUCUCAGCUGAAACAACCUUUAACAGAAACCUGUUUUCAGCAUUAAUUUAAGUUAGUUAGGUGGUUCCAGCUCCAUGUACAAGUUUUUCCAGGCCAAAUUAUGAGUAGUCAUAGCUUAUAUAUAUUAGAUGAAAAUUCUAUAUAUUACAAUAAAAGACAGCAAAUUCCACUGCAUGUGCCAGAUACCUAAAAACUACUGCUAAAAGAAACUUGGAGUGCUGUAAUGUCCAGAAGUAGUGGAACAGCAAAAGAGGGAGUUAAUCCUCAGAGAGUUAAGCCACUGUCUAGUUUCAAAGACAUCUCAUUUUCCUCAUACCUACAUUUCCUUCAGCAAGGACCAUAUACCCACUUCUGUUUGGUACCAAACUGCUCAUCUAUCUGAUUUAAUCUCUACAUUUUAGCCAGAGACUGAAAAUAAGUACGUUAUUAAGUAAAAUAAGUACGUAAAAUAAGUACGUCACAAUCUGCCUAUUCUGCUGGCAAUGAAAACAGCAUUUUUAAGUUACUCAUUUUAAGCUUAUGUUUUGGAGGCACACUUUCAAACAUGAAUUGCCACUUAAUACAGUCAAAGGGAUAACAUCCAGGCUUCCCAUAUUACACAAGAAUAACCUAAUGCCUAAAAUGUUGGGUAUUUGGAGGCAAGGUCUGUUGCAACUUCAUCCAUUGAAGUUGCUCCAUCUUAGUUAACAUUUACAAAGCUGUGGUGUAGACCUAAGAAAAUAGGGGUGCCAUUCCCUGGCUAAGUAACACUACUGAGCAUUAUAGCACCUCAGAUAGACAUUGCAAUUACUGCCUUUCAGUGGAGGUAAUCCUUUUUGACUUGCCUAAGUUCACAGGUGAGUUCUGGGUAGUACAAAACUGCUGUGUACCAGGCUGGGCCAUCAUCCCAACCACCAGUUUGCCCCUCUUUAUUUUUUUUAAACUUCAGUCUCAUUUUCAUUAUUCUGCAAAACUGAUGUUAAAACAUAAUUGCAUCUUUUAAGUUGUGAAGUGAAAAGCCGCAGAAUUUUUAAACCCUGGAUAGCAUCUUCUUGUCAUUGAAGAACAUUUCGGGUAUUUUUUCUUUUAAUUGUGGUUAGUAAAGAAACCAAAUUCAUGCUAAAAUUAUCACAGUGUAAUCAGCUGAUGCUAUCAUCUGAAUUGUUAACAUCAGUAUAGUUCAUACAUCACUAACUUAUCAUUUCUGAUAUCUCCAUGUGGCCAUCCUUCCAUCAACCUUUAUUACUUCCAUAUUAUUGCUUCUACUUGAAUCAAACUCUAGUAAAGAGUUAAGAGAUUAACAGAAAAUUAUGGCACAGGAAAAUGAGAGUAUGCACUUCUCUGAUUUAUUUACAAAAAUGUUAAGCAAAUGGAGGAAAAAAAGAAACACCCAGCAUCAUGAACAGUAUUUUUCCCCAAAAAAGAACUACAAAUGGCAGUUUUUGUAGCUGGUUGGGAUUACUAUACAGUGGAAAAGUAAAACAUCAAAGCAGUAGUAAAUACUUACUGAUAAUUGCCCAAACACUACCCUUUGUUUCCAUUUCACAGGCCUUUAGUAUUUACAUUUGUUUAUAUAACUUUAUGCAAAAGGAAAUUGCAAGAAUUAACUGAAAACUGAGUUCUUGAAUAAACUUUAUACAUUUUGAAAAAUCUGCUUCUCCUUUGUGUUCAAACAAAACUCACCUUAAUUGAAUGUUUUUAUGUUUUAAAAUGUGAUUGUCUUCCCAAGACUCCAAGAACAUGAAAUUAAUGCUAUUUAAAAAUAGGACUAAAUUUGGACCAUGACUGAAGAUUUACUUCACAGCAUUGAGACUAUGCUUUGCAAUUAGGCUUCACUGGUCAUCUAGAAUUUCUUUGUCUUCAUUAGUAGUUGGUGAGAGAAAGCAAAAUAUUAUGCCAGUGCUACUGAAUUAAUCACCUGGAAAGCAAACCAAAGAAAACGUGAAGAGCUUUGGUAAAAAACUCAUUGACCAACACCUCCAUGUGACAAAAACAUGCGUCUUCUCCAAGUGAAAACGUCUACUUCGUCUGUCAAGUUUAAUUAUUCUUGAACUAUUAUUUCUGGCAGUGUUACACAAUGUCAAUCCAGCCAUCUUCAGACUGUUCAGAUCUGGCAAUAUGAAAUCUUAAAUUUGGUACUAUCUUUUUUUACUUUAAUUGUAACAAUUACAAUAGAUUUUAUUAAAACCUCUUUUAAAGUAACCCAAGUACCAAAUUAAUUCAAACCAUACACUAAUAGCUCUUAAACUAAUCUUACUUUUCCAAUCACCACUGUAACUUUAUUUUGAUGACAAUUAAAGCACAAAUAUUAAAAACCA